GUUUUCCAAUUACUGAAACGUCGUUAGUUAUAAAAUUGAAUAAUAUUUUCGUUGCUUGUUUUCCAUCAUUACUUAACGCAGUGAUCCUUGUUAGGUGAUAGUUUAACUCUCUGGAAAUUAUAGGCUGGUUAGACUGGUUGCUGAAUUUCAUUUUACUGGUGGUUGUUUUUCUCUUCUUUUUUUUUUUUUUUGUUGGUUUUAUUUAUUUAUGUAUUUAACUUUGGGACUCAAGUGUUGUUGCUCACACUAGACUGUUGUUUGCCUCAGAUUUUUCUAAAUUUUCUCCUCUAUUGUUAUCAUAGGUUCUGAUUUGUUGGGCACAACAUGUCAAACCGCCAAUCGGACGAUAACGAACAUAGGGCGGAUGAAUACGAAAUGGAAGAUGUAGAAGAUGAUAUGGAUGAUGGAUCUAUUAAUAGAGAAAUAGAGUCUGAUGUUGAUGAAUAUGAUGACUCGGUUUUGAUGUUGCAGAGUAGUAAGGUGGUAGACACCACAGCUGCUCAAUCCAGAAGAGGACAGGACAUCCAGGGAAUUCCUUGGGAUAGGCUUAGCAUCACUAGGGAAAGGUAUCGGCAAACCAGGCUUGAGCAAUACAAGAAUUAUGAAAAUAUCCCCAAUUCAGGGGACAGGUCGGGGAAGGAUUGCAAAAACACCAAAAAAGGAUACUCAUAUUAUGAGUUCCGAAAAAAUUCAAGAUCAGUAAAGCCAACAAUUCUUCAUUUUCAGUUGAGGAAUUUGGUUUGGGCUACAUCGAAGCAUGAUGUAUACGUUAUGUCACAGUUUUCAGUAAUGCAUUGGUCUUCUUUGACUUGCACAAGGUCAGAGGUACUCAAUGUUUCAGGACACAUUGCUCCAUCAGAGAAACAUCCUGGAAGUCUCUUGGAGGGAUUUAUGUACACUCAAGUCAGUACACUUGCAGUAAAAGAGAAGCUUCUAGUUGCCGGAGGAUUUCAGGGUGAACUUAUUUGUAAGCACCUUGAUCGACCUGGUAUUAGCUUUUGCUCAAGGACCACUUAUGAUGAUAAUGCCAUUACCAAUGCCAUUGAGAUUUAUGCUAGUCCUAGUGGUGCAGUUCAUUUCACAGCCUCCAAUAAUGAUUGUGGAGUCAGAGACUUCGAUAUGGAGAAAUUUCAGCUUUCUAAGCAUUUUCGUUUUCCAUGGCCAGUGAAUCAUACUUCUCUCAGUCCCAAUGGUAAACUACUACUAAUUGUUGGAGACAGCCCCGAAGGCAUGUUGGUGGACUCCCAAAAUGGAAAAACAAUUGUUCCCUUAUCUGGGCACUUAGAUUUCUCAUUUGCAGCAUCAUGGCAUCCUGAUGGUGUGACCUUUGCUACUGGAAACCAGGACAAAACCUGCCGGAUUUGGGACUUGCGGAAUUUAUCCAAGUCAGUAGCUGUGCUAAAGGGUAACCUCGGAGCCAUCCGAUCAAUCCGGUAUACAUCUGAUGGCCAGUAUAUGGCUGUGGCAGAGCCUGCAGAUUUUGUGCAUGUCUAUGACGUGAAAAGUGGGUAUGAAAAGGAACAGGAAAUCGAUUUCUUUGGUGAGACAUCAGGCAUAUCUUUCAGUCCAGACACUGAGUCCCUUUUUAUUGGGGUUUGGGAUCACACUUAUGGUAGCCUUCUUGAGUAUGGCCGCCACCGGAAUUACUCUUACCUUGAUUCACUGAUAUAAGUUGAAAACUGUUCUCAAUUUGUUGCAGUGGUAGGGAGUGUUUAUAUAAGUGUGUGCAAAGCAUGGAGAUGUACAGGAGUUUAGGAGAGAACAUAUAAAUCAUGAUGUUACUUGGUUUUAGUUCAUGGACUUGUCUUGUUAACGUUUGAUUGGAACAUAGGGAAUUAUUCAAGGGAAAAAAAAUGAUGUUUGCUCAUUGAGGAUAUAGGUUU